AUGCAGCACAAUCUGUACAGUACAAUACGUAGUUUGAAUAUGAUUGAUGGGUGUAAAGGAGCGCAAUUCAGCGUCCUUCAUCCAUCUGGGACCUCCGGCGGCGGCGGCGGAGGAGGAGGAGGAGGAGGGAGUGUUGGGGAGAAGUUCCUUGCCCACCUCCAUGAUCACUUGAGGGUUAAUUCAAUAAGAUCAAAAUCAAUCAUGAACUUUCAGAGCUUCCAGCCGAAUAAUCAUCAUCAUCAAAAUGUCACUGCAACUGCUCUAAAAGAGGCUUUGGCUAUGUAUGGCCUUCCUCAAACUGAUCUCAUUGAGCCCCAAAUCGAACCCAAUCUCAAAUUUGUAAAUUUUGUUGAAACCCUUGCUGAUGUUUACAGAAGAAUUGGGAUCUCCCCUGAAUCCGAGAAAUCCGCAACGUAUCUCGAGCAAUGUGCUAUAUUCAAAGGGUUAUCUGAUCCAAAGUUGUUUCGGAGGAGCCUAAGGUCUGCCAGGGAGCAUGCAGUUGAUGUGCAUUCCAAGGUUGUACUUUCGGCUUGGUUAAGGUAUGACAGGAGAGAGGAUGAGCUUCUUGGGAUUUCAGCAAUGGAUUGCUGUGGGAGAAGCAUGGAAUGUCCUAUUAGUUCAUUGGUUUCCGGGUAUAAUCCCGAAUCAAUUAGCGAUCCCUGUUUGUGUCCAAGGUUUCCGAAAGAAGAAGAAGAAGAAGAAAUGGAUGGGGAAUUACCUGAAACUGAUGAGGAAUGCUCCACUUCAUUGAGUCAUAUGGAUGUCGACGAAGAUGAUUUGGACAUGUCUUUUUGUAUAGGGGAAGAUGAGAUCAGGUGUAAUAGGUACAAGAUUGCGUCACUUUCGAGACCAUUUAGGGCAAUGCUGUAUGGUAGUUUCAUGGAGUCACGAAGAGAGAAAAUAAAUUUUUCAAAGUCCGGGAUAUCUGCAAAGGCGAUGAUGGCUGCUGAGGUGUUUAGCAGGAUAAAAAGCGUGGACUGUUUUGAUGAAGAUAUUGUUUUGGAACUUCUAGUUUUGGCUAACAUGUUCUGCUGUGAGGAAAUGAAGUCUGCUUGUGAUGCCUACUUAGCCUCCUUAAUUGUUGAUCUGGAAACUGCAAUGUUGUUGAUUGAGUAUGGAUUGGAAGAAACUGCUCAUCUUUUAGUGGCUGCUUGUUUGCAAGUGUUCUUAAGGGAACUCCCGAGCACUAUUCACACGCCACAUAUCAUGAAAAUUUUUUGCAGUCCAGAGGGUAAUGAAAAGCUAAUUUCAGCUGGACAUGGUUCAUUUUUGUUGUACAAUUUCUUAAGCCAUGUUUCCAUGGAGGAGGACAUAAAAUCAAACACAACGGUUAUGUUGUUAGAAAGGAUGGCAGAAUGUGCGAGUGAAUCUUGGCAGAAACAACUAGCUUUUCACCAGUUGGGAUGUGUGAUGCACGAGAGAAAAGAGUAUAAAGAUGCUCAAAAAUGGUUCAGGGAGGCUGCUGAUGCCGGGCAUGUUUAUUCAAUCGUUGGUUUUGCCAGGGCUAAAUACAAACGGGGCCAUAAAUACCGAGCCUAUAAGUUAAUGAAUGCCCUCAUUUCUGAUCAUACACCUUCAGGUUGGAUGUAUCAAGAGAGAUCUUUGUAUUGCAGUGGAAAGGAAAAAUUAAUGGAUUUAAAUACAGCAACAGAAUUGGAUCCAACCCUUUCUUAUCCAUACAAGCACAGGUCUGUCUUGAUGGUGGAGGAAGAUAUUAACAAGCUUGAUCAAGCUAUUUCAGAGAUUAACAAAAUCCUAGGUUUUAAGGUUUCUCCCGAUUGUCUGGAGCUUCGCGCAUGGUUUUUGAUUGCUCAGGAGGAUUACGAAGGAGCUCUCAGAGAUGUUCGAGCACUUCUAACGUUGGAUCCUUAUUACAUAAUUUUCCAUGAAAAGUUACAAGGUGAUCUUUUGGUGGAGCUCCUCAGAAACCAUGUUCAGCAAUGGAGUCAAGCUGAUUGUUGGAUGCAUUUAUAUGAUCGGUGGUCACAUGUAGAUGAUAUUGGAUCCCUGGCUGUCGUACACCAUAUGCUGAGUAAUGACCCUGGGAAAAGUCUCUUGAGAUUCCGGCAGUCUCUCCUCCUUUUACGGUUAAACUGUCACAAGGCUGCGAUGAGAAGUUUGCGAAUGGCACGAAAUCACGCUUCAUCUGAGCAUGAAAGGCUUAUAUAUGAAGGAUGGGUACUUUAUGACACCGGUUAUCGUGAGGAUGCAGUAGCUAAAGCUGAGGCGUCCAUCUCAGUUCAGAGGUCAUUUGAAGCAUAUUUCCUGAAGGCCUAUGUCUUAUCUGAAACAAGCCGUGAUGCUGAAUCUUCCUUAUAUGUCAUAGAACUUUUGGAGGAAGCUCUUAGAUGUCCUUCAGAUGGUCUUAGAAAGGGACAAGCAUUGAGUAACUUGGCAAGCAUCUAUGUCGAUGUUGAGAGAUUGGAUGAUGCUGUUAAUUGCUACAUGAAUGCCCUAAACAUUAAGCAUACAAGAGCACAUCAAGGACUAGCACGGGUAUACCAUCUUAAAAAUCUGAGAAAAGCUGCUUAUGAUGAGAUGACAAAGUUGAUUGAAAAAGCAAGAAAUAAUGCAUCAGCCUAUGAGAAACGGUCAGAGUACUGUGACCGGGAUAUGGCUAAAAGCGAUCUCACCAUGGCGACACAGUUGGAUCCUUUGCGAACAUAUCCUUACAGAUACAGGGCAGCCGUUCUGAUGGAUGACCACAAAGAAGCUGAAGCCAUUGCGGAACUAACCAAGGCCAUAUCCUUCAAACCAGAUCUUCAGUUGCUUCAUUUAAGAGCAGCAUUUCAUGACUCAAUGGGUGAUCCGUCCUCCACUCUCCGAGAUUGUGAGGCAGCUCUAUGUCUUGAUCCUAGCCAUGCUGAUACACUAGAGCUUUACAAAAAAGCAUUGGAACGGACCACUGAGCAGCAAACAUGACCUAUAAAAGAAGAAGAGAGACCUAAGUCAGGUUCUUCUUUUACUGGCCCUUGAAUUAAUGGCAAUAAAAAAAAACAUUGCCGUUGGUGCAGAAGGGUCAGCAUUUUGCAUUGUGUAAAAUCUUCUGGAUUUUGGGUUUUUCAUGAAUCCGGAUAAGAUUUUGCAAUGGCCAUGGCACAUGCCAGAAGAGAAACUAGAAUACAACAAAGAUCAGAAAAUGAUGAUCACAGAAACCAUAGUAAUUUUGGUCGAUCAACUGUAUAUAAAACUCAAACACACACACAAACACUUUCUUGUUCAAUGAUGUUUUGUAUUAUUAGUGUUAGCUCUAGUUCUUGAUCCUGAUACCCGUGGACUAAAUAUCUAAACCUCCCUCUCCACCGAUUUUGGAGAUUACUUGUAAAAGAUCAAAUUAGUAGUUUUCAAGCAGAAAUGAACAUAACAUAAUGUAUAUUAAGCUGCAGCCACCUCCUUGUGAGUUUGACUGAGAAUUUUUGGCUCCAUAUGCUGCUGUUUGUUGCUGUUAUCUUCAAC